GUGCCUAGAUAUAUUUCUUCUUUUAUCAAUAACUUUUUUUUCUUACAUCCAUUUUUUAUUUAACAUCUAUUUAACUUAAAACAUUUCUCUCUCUCUUUUGUUUACUUUAUAUUUAGAAAUUUUACUUUUAUGAAACAUUCUUCAUGGCUUUUUUGUUUUUUUUUUCUUCAUUAUUUGUUUUGUUUACAAUAUCUCUACAAAUUUUGAACCAAGAUAUGGUAUAAUGUACUUAUUUAACAGUACUAUGUUAAUUUUUGUUUUAAUUUGAAGUAAAACUUAUAACGAAUUUUUAUUUGAAUAUCAAAAAACGACCAUAUUUUAAUAUUUUCUUUAGUUGUUUUGGCCUCUAAAAUAUUAGAAACGGCUUUGAUUAGAGAUAUCUUUAUUUUUACAAAAAUAAUAAUAAUAAGUAUGGUUCACCAAACAAUGCGCAAACCCGACAAAACAUUCAACGGUUACAAAUGACUAAACCAAUCAGAAAAUUCUUUAUUUAGCAACAAAUCUUCACUAUAUAAUAGCGCAAAUGUUUAUUGGGAAUAAGAAGUAAAAAGUAAAAAAGUUUAUCAAUAAGGAAAAAUGGGUAUAUCCAAGAAAACAGUUGUACAAUCAUUUGCUCUUAUAAUUAUUAUAUCUAUCGUCAUGAGCACAACGGAGGCAAACAGUAUAGGCGCUCCAGCUAUGCGAGAAGAUUUACCCAAAGGUUGUGCUCCUGGAUCUUCAGCUGGUUGCAAGAUGCAACCGGCUAAUCCGUAUAAACCAGGUUGCGAAGCUAGCCAAAGAUGUCGUGGGGGUUGAUACUAUGAGAUAUAAUUUUUCUUGAAAAAAGAAGAAAAGAUAAAAUUACAUAAAUAAAACUUAAUUUUUCAACUAAAUUAGUAAAACUAUAAAAUACAAAAUUUUUGUAACUAAUUCUAUGAGAAUAAUGUUUUUUUAAGUAGCAGCAAGCUGAGACUGGUACGUGUAUGGUAAGCUAGUAUUGUCUAACUUAGCAAAAGAUAAUUGUAUAUUACCAGUCAUUUGUUAUAUUUUUGGAUAUUUAUGUAGAAAAUUCAUGUGUAUUGUUAUAUAAGAAAAUAAUUAAUAUAUUUUGUUGUUUUUUUUAAAUAAAUAAUGUACUUAUAAUAGAGGUAAAAUGUGUAACGCUAGGAUAAGUACAUUCUUGUCGGAUCCAAGAAAGUUAGUAAACCAUAUAUUUAAGGCAACAGGUUCUUCUUCGGAUCAUAAUCUCUCUCAUUAAGGGGAAAAAAGAAAAAGCAAAUAGAUUAAGAGAAAAACAGAAGAAUCGGAAAAAACUUGAGAAAAGAAAAUGGAAACGAAAAAAAAGUAAUAAAUAAAUAGCCCUAUAUAUAAAGAAUGCAUCAUGCAUGCAUGAUCAAGCAUAUAUCCUCAUCUUGUUGAUCACUUUGUAAACAUCAUCCACAUCAUCGUCGUCGUCUUCUUUCACCGCCUCCACACACCGCUCAUUAUCGUCCCCGAGGCUGCCAUCGCCGCCGCCGCAUCCUCCUCUACUGACGUCAGCAGCAGCACCAGACUCGACUCUCAUGAAGAAAUUGCAUAGGAGAAGUGUUAAGAAGCAACAUAUAAUAAAUUCUCUAGAUGCAGCCAUGGAUCAGACACUUUCUCUCUAUCUCUCUUUCUCUUGUCUGAAAAACAAAUGAUAAUAUAGAUUAAUCCAACUUACUUUAAAAGCUUUUGUUCUUUUUAUUUACUAUGUUCUUUUGUUAUGCUUUUCUCUUACAAUUGUGCUUAUAUAAGAAAUGGAAUUUACUAUUAAUGGAGUAGAGUGAUUUCUU